UGUGCACAUGCGCACUAGGUGUGGGAAGCUAUUGAGCCAAAACGGAAAUUCUCCACAGCUUUUAAAUCGGUCCGUCCUGAGUUUGGAGGACAUAUUCCAGCCAAAAUGAUCAGCAAAGUGAUCGGUCAGAAGUAUGUGGCUAUUGCCAAGUCAUGGAUCCCAACUAUGGCUGUAUGGGGCACAGCCAGUGGCGUAGCUCUGGUCCACUUCACAGACUGGAGAUUGAUUUUGGACUAUGUUCCCUACAUCAGUGGCAAAUUCAAGGAUGAGUAGUGGCACUCAGGUCAGUGCUGUAUUUUACACUAAGACUUCAAAUAUUGAUCAAGACCUACUGCAGCUGGUACCUUGCACUACGGUCCAAUUGCAUUCCAGGCUACUGGAAGCUGUCAUCUUCACCCUGCAGCGCAGUCAACAUUGAACUGUUCACCACAAACAUCCCAUUAAAUGCACUGGAGUUUAGCGUGUCAAUGUUCCUCAUCCAGUGAAAACAUGAAUGGAAUAAUAUGAAAACAGAGAUGGUUAAUGGACUUAGUGUGGGGUCAGGUAUUUAUUUUAAUCCUCAUCUGUGUACUGUGGGUUCACAAAUGGAAAAAUCUGUCCUCCAUGUCAUGCUGUAAUUGCUCUUAAGAGAAGUAAAAGUAUGUGAUAUUUA